CUCACUAGAAUCCAGUACCGUGUUGUUUUGUGCAUAGUUAGCAAGUUGUUCCACGUGCUGGAUUUGCCUUUCUAUUCAGAUUAUAAAUUUCUUGAAUAAAGCAAAUCAUAUAUACUUUUUUAUUCUUUUGCAGUGGCAAACACAGAACUAGAUACAUAUAGGUACAUAUAGCUCCAGAAAAGCCUUCUUUUUUUUUUUCCUGGUACUAGGGAUUGAACUCAGGGAACUCCAUCACUGAGCCACAUAUUCAGCCUUUAUUUAUUUAUUUAUUUAUUUAUUUGUAUUUUAUUUAGAGACAGGGUCUCACUGAGUUGCUUAGCACCUCCCUUUUGCUGAAGCUGGCUUUGAACUCGUGAUCCUCCUGCCUCAGCCUCCCAAGCUGUUAGGAUUACAGGCAUGUGCCACUGUGCCUGGCUAGAAAAACCUUCUUAAUCAUUAAAAUUUGUGGCAACAUCUUACAAAAUGUUUGAUCCUUUAGGAAUCUUAUUUACUUUGAGAUUCUAAAGUACCUCUAUAAACUAAAAACCUAAUGACGUGAAACAAUUAUCUGACACUCUUGUAAUGAUUCAGGACAAUUUAGGAUUGCAAUGAGUGAUAUAAAUGGUGUAUAUACAUUUGUGUAAGUAUUUUUUUCCCUCAUGUCAGUUUAUAGCCUUGGUUCCAAUCUCUUUUAAGCUUCACGAAUUACAAAUCAAAAUAUGCUAACAUAAAUAGUGACAUUUGGCUUCAUUCAAACUUUUUAAAUUGAAUUUGUCUGUUUGUACUAAGUUUAAUUGCUUAAAGCACCAAGUCCAGAAGAUGAAAGUUAGCACUGGAUUUGUUUUCGUUCUGGGUACUGGCUGAAAACGAAUGGUCGAAAAGCACUGUAAUAUUUGAUUUUGAAGAGCUUGGACUAAAGGGAUUGCAUGUUGCCACUCAGGUCCUCAGCAAGGAAAGGCACACAGCUCUUAUUAUUUAGUGUGUAAUCACGCACCUUGCAGCCACAGCCAGGAGAGCAGAGUGUUUGGUUUUGUUAUGCAACAGCAGCCAGGCACACAGCCACUCAGCCACCCUUCACCUGCCCCGCUCAAGAGGGCCCUCAGCUGGGUUUCCUGCUAUGUUUUUAACCAUUGGACAACUGUGUGAAGUUCUAAGAAACUGUUAAGACUGUGGCCUGGGGAUGCAAACCUUUGGGGCACCUCCUUGGGGCAAAGAAAGGAAAAGAACUAGCAGAACAGCUCCAGAGAGGGAGAGAAGUUGAAUUGCUAGAGGGACCUAAUGGACAGUCUCCCCAACAGAUGGUAACAAAAAAAUAAUCCAGAUGGGGUGCAGGUGCUGUAAAAUGAUACAAAGCUAUCUCUUCGAUCCUGUUCCAGUGGCCUCCCCGGGCUACAUCAAUGAAGUCAGCAGCUGCAAGUUGGAUGAAGAUGACCCUGAGAAAUUCAAAAGCAAUCAGAGCAGCGAGAUCCUGGUGCAUAAAAAUGUCCUUGCAAGUGAGGGCUUCAAGAGGUCGGAGGGUAGAGGCCAGAGAGCAGGUCCCCAAGAGCCCUGCUGGCCUCACCAAGAGCCGCUCCCGCAGGAGGAUGCAGGAGGUGGACGCUGGGAGGAGAAGCCUGGCAGUGCAGUCAAUGGCAUGGGCCCCACUGCAGCUCUGCAGCCCACCAGGAACCCCAGGUCCCACCAGAGGGACAAGGGCUCCAGGGCCAGUCCUACAGACAGUGUGCACCCCACUCAACCCUUCCUUGAAGGAGGGGACACCAGGAAACAGGACUGUGUGCUGCCAGCCUUGGAAAAGACCCAAGUCGUCCAAAGUGGGGACUUUGAAGUUCCUUCUAAGGUGGAAAGUUUUGCCUUGGAAGUACAAGGUCACGACCUCCAGAUACCAACCCCGGAUUACCCUCAGCUGUGGGGCACAGCUGUACACAAUGUGGAUCAUGAAGAAAAGGAUUAUCUUUUCAAGAACCCCAAGGAGGAUGAGCCUCUGGCGGGAAUUCUUCCCAGGGUGGGCGAGCACGGUUUGAACAUGCCCUUCCCCAGGAGGAGAAGCUGGGACUCAUUAAAUGAGGCGGUGACCACGGAAGUUCUAAGCGUCUACUUUAAAGAGGAGGGUCCUAUCACACCUGUGGUCAAUUCCAGAAUUGAACAGGAGGAAACGGAUAGUUCUGAUGGAAACAGGGAUGGGGAGGUGGUGGACGAGGAUGCGGCAGUGGCAGAAGCCCUCGCAGCAUUAGAAGCUGCUACUGCAGGAGAAGACUUGGAUGAGGCAGAUUAGAGGAGGGAAAUGGUGCAGGCAAGAAAGCUAGUGUCAUGCUGAGCAAGUGGAGAUGCAUUUGCUCCUUGGACGUGCAGCUGAUCCUUCUGCCAGCACACCCGGGUACAGCUGGCCAGGUGUUCACAUCCAGCACCUGUUCCAGGGGUCAGCAUUGUGCCAUGCCACCUGCAAAAUAUUUGGAGCAUCACUCUGUGUAAAUAAGCUAUCAUUGAGGACACUAAAAUAAAAAUCAGAGUGGGCUUCUGUAUCCACAUCCACAACAAAUGCAGAUAUUAAAUAGCUGUUUGCUAGACCUCCAUGGUCUCCAGAACAUCUGGCACAGAUGUCCAUGAGGAUGCUCUGAAAUGCCAACAAAGGCACACAAGCAUGGAGCAUUCUGUCCAACUGCAGAUUCUUGACCCUACUUUCGAUUGCCAAACAUUGUACCCCACCCAGAAAAGGUAGCUAUCUGCUUAAAGUGCCUACGGUGUCCCCAGAGCAUGGCUUAACUUCAGGGACAAACACCCAGGGAACUAAUAACUGACCCCUUGUUGGAUGGUGAGUUAAGCUCGGCAGCUCUCAGGUGAGCUGAGCCAACCAGCAAACACGUGGGUAGGCAUCAGCCGUCAUCUUAACACACCUUGGACCUUAACUUUUUUACAUUAUUACUUUUUAAUCUCCUUUGGGAUUGGGGAAGAUGGCCAAAAUAAUUCUUAAAUUUUGUCAUAUUUGUGUUUUAAGUUUAUGAGUUUUGGAACAGCAAAGCCAUGUAAGGAAUAUUUUUAUGCCAUUAAACUGAUUCUGAAUAAAAUAGA